GGUUAGUUGGAUACUUGUGCGGUUUCUCUAUCAUCAUCCUUCUCUCUCCUCCCGGUCUCCCCUCCUCUUCCAUUUCUUGUUCUUGGGCACUCGUCUCUUCCUUCCGUCCUAGGAAUUCAGAGGCAAUCGCUGCGCAUCUUUCCCAAGGAAAUUGGUCCGAUCCUUCAAGAAAGUCAAGAGUAUCACUUUGCAUAGUGGAACAAGCAAUUUAAAGGCACUAAUUGGCUAUAAUAUUUCGGAUUGCAAGGCAAAACAAAAAAGAUGGGAGAGCCAUCAGAGGCCUCUUUCGACAUUGGAAUGAUAAAUGGGGAGUGCAGUGUGGAAAAUAAAUUGCUUCAUCGAUUCAGGUCAACCUGGUAUUUCAGUAAAGAAGAGAUCGAGGAGAACUCUCCUUCAAGGAAAGAUGGCAUUGAUUCGAGGAAGGAGUCACAACUUCGGAUGUUAUACUGUUCAUUCAUUCGGGAUAUUGGCAUCAGACUUGGAUUGCCACAAGUUACAAUCGCCACUGCCAUUAUGUAUUGUCAUCGUUUCUAUCUCCACCAAUCCCAUGUGAAGAAUGACUGGCAGACAGUUGCAACAGUAUGCAUGUUUCUUGCUUCCAAGGUAGAAGAGACACCUUGUGGUUUGGACAAGAUUGUUGUUGUGGCAUAUGAAACAAUGUACAAAAGAGAUCCCACUGCUAUAAGGAAAAUUCGUCAAAAAGACACUUUUGAGAAGCAAAAGGCUUUGAUAUUGAUUGGGGAGAGACUGCUUCUAUCAACAAUUCGGUUUGAUUUUACUGUUCUUCAUCCUUAUAAACCACUUCUCGAUGCUCUAAAGAAACUUGGGAUUACUCAGAAGGAAGUAAGACAAGUAGCAUGGAACUAUGUGAAUGACUGGCUUUGGACUACAUUGUGCCUGCAAUAUAAAUCCCAUUACAUAGCAGCUGGUUCCCUCUUUCUUGCUGCUAAGCUUCAUAAUCUAAAACUUCCUUCAGAGAGGGGAGGUUAUGUCUGGUGGCAUGAAUUUGAUGUCAACCCUCAGCAAUUAGAAGUGGUAAUUCAGCAAAUGAAGCAGCUUUUGGUGUAUAAUAGAAGGUGCUCUGUGACUCCAUUCGAGAAACCAGUUCCUAUAGCAGCCAACAAAGAGGUUUCCAGCAGCCCAGACUCUGUUUUGGAUCGGCCAGACUCCUCCAGAAGCAGCUCUAGCCAAGAAUCUGAUAUAGAUCAUAAAAGCCAUAAACCCAAGGAUUCCACCAAUCAUGUCGUGAUCAACAUGCCAAAUGCAGCUGGAGAGCAGAACCUGGUGGAGGAUAGAUUCGAACCUCAGAGCGAGAUGAGGGGUUUUGAAAUCCCCGUUGAUGUUGCCGAUAAUGAGAUGUCGGGAAGGAACAUGGACCAAGCAAGGACAAAAGGGGACCAAUCUUGUGGUGGACUUGGUAAAGUUGACAUGGAUAGAAUCAAGGCAACUAUCAAGAAGAGGAAGAGGGAAAAAGAGAUGAAUAAGCUGGCCAUGAUGGCUAAUGAUACCAGUGAAGAUGCUUGGAUUGAGAGAGAACUAGAAGCUGGGAUAGAGCUGGAAGUUGAAUCUGCUGCAAAGAAAUAAAUGUUGCUUGAGCUAUGAAACAAAUAGUCGGCUAAUAUUCUACUUAUCAAUUAUAUCUUCAUUGCCCCAAGUUGCUGGUCUGGAAAACCGCAAUCAAGCCGAAACUGUUCACUGACUUGAUUUAAUGAGAAAAUCAAAUGUUAUCUUUGUCUUACACUAAAGCCCUUGGCAUUUUGUUGAUCUAUCUUUAACUUUCCCUACACUGGAGCGCUACUGCUGCUGCUAUAGAAUCUAUACUGCAGGUGCUGAAAUCAUUUGAUGGUGUACACUUAGACUUAUGUGGCUAGUUGAAGCAUUUUACGAGAACUGGAUUUUGUAUAAUUUGAGAAUGUAAUGACAACGCAGAAUGUAGUUGCGAUUGAAGAAAUUGCCUGACAAAAUAUUCUUGGUGUCGA